AUGUGCGAGGGAUUGCCCGCCGUUUCAAACCCCGAUCUUUUCUACUACGCCUGCUACAGACUUUGGCCGAACAAGGCAACGCAAGUGGACAUGAGUGAGAUGUCAGUUUCGGGUUAGGAUUUGAGUUUACGAAUGACCAUUCUUCCAGAUUUCCUCGAUUGUGUGCUCAAUACGACGUCGGCGGCGUCGACAACACUAUCUUGGAGUCGUUCAAGCCGCGCGAGAGGAGGCCGAUGAAACCGAGAGAGCACAAUUUGAAGAACUACUUCUACAACAAUCUUCCACUUCCCGCCGCCCACAGUGACAGUCAUUGCUCGGAAGGUUGGCGGCUAAUUCGGGUGCAAAUGAACUGGAAAUAAUGCGAUUCUCGAUUUCAGAAUCAAAUUGAUGAGAGAAGAUAAGGACGAGGUGGAAGAGGAGAAGGAUUCGGACGAGAAGGAGAAUCAGGAGCCGAGAAAGUGA